UAGAUGCGCAGGAAGAAGCCUUGAGGAGGGGGCCAUUGAACUGCGCAAGGUAACGGGCUUUGGGACGCAUCAAGAGGGAGGGAGGGUUAACCAUUAACCGCGGAUAAGUAUUAAGGCAGCUGUGCAGAGCCGGUCCUUGGAGCGUGUGUGCGCACCGGCUUCCACCUCUCAUCCUGUGGGCUACGCGACACCAAGAAGCGUGGUUACAGCAGCGGAGCCUUGUGUGACACUGUUCAGUACGUCAGGUAACUGCUCCAAGUGAUUGGAGGGUUCUUUUCCGCAGCUUGGUAAUUCAAUCCUCCUUCUGCAGUCCUUUAAAUAUCUCCAGAGAGGACCUCCCAGCAGCCACGUGUUGUAAGGUGAGACCCUCCCAGUCGCCCAUGCUCACUGGGCUGUGAGCAGGACCAGUCUGUACUGCUGUCUGACCAGUCCACACCUGACACAGCCUAAGGUGGACUGUCAGUGACUGGAGGGGAUUUCUGCUUUCAAGCCUAAUAGUCUUCAUGCCUUUUUGUAUUUGUGGCCAGUCUGACCAGUGGACUUUGCAGUGAAUGGAGAACUUACUGGUUCUACUGCCGAAGCACCGUCAGGAACACGGCAGAUGCUCUACUGCAUGUGCCUUACUGCAGUUUUUUUUUUUUUUCUCGACAGAGCACUUUUCUCUGUCAAGAGUGACCACCUCUACCAUUUAGCCUUUUAAUGGGAUAAACCAGUUUGAGUGGCCAGGUUCAAAACCAGAGCAAAAGGCCAGAACCAUCCUUGAACUGUCAAAGGGCUGACAAAGCGAGCGUACCAUUUUGACUAAGUCAAUAGUUUUCAAAAGGCUUCCGCAUGGUACUUUGGUCGAAAGAUCAGGACAAACUCCCCGACAUGGACAUGUCUUCAGGGGCCAUUGACGUGAAGAAGGAGGGAGGCGCACUGACACCAGCCUACCUCAACUCCAACUGCUCAGUUCACCCGGUCAUCCUCACCAAGGACCCUGACGAGCUGGCCCCGGAGACAGGGGGUGAGUUUGAACUCAAAGAAGUCACAUCAUUCCCUGAGAGAGUCAAUGAGAAUGAAGAGGAUGAAGAGAGGUCAGACAUUGUGGUGACCAUGGAGUGCUUGGCCAAUGCAAAAGGCCAGCGUGAGGAGGACGCUUUGUUAGAGAACGCCAGCCAGAGCAAUGAGAGUGAUGACACCAGUAUGGACCAGAGCCCAGAGCCCCCAGCACCGCUCAAGGAGACGUCCUUCUCCAUCGGACUGCAGGUGGUCUUCCCUUUCCUGUUGGCUGGCUUUGGGACAGUGGCAGCUGGGAUGGUCUUGGACAUUGUACAGCACUGGACCGUGUUCACAGAAGUAUCAGAGGUCUUCAUCCUGGUUCCAGCGCUGCUCGGUCUAAAGGGAAACCUGGAGAUGACUCUGGCAUCUCGACUCUCCACAGCGGCUAAUAUCGGACAGAUGGAUACCACCAAGGACAUGUGGAAGAUGAUCAUGGGAAACCUGGCCCUGAUUCAGGUUCAGGCCACAGUGGUGGGCUUCCUGGCAUCCAUCGCCGCAGUGAUCUUCGGCUGGAUCCCAGAGGGGCACUUUAGACUGGGCCAUGCUGUGCUGCUGUGUGCCUCAAGUGUAGCCACAGCUUUCAUCGCCUCUUUGCUGCUAGGGCUCAUUAUGAUCGGAGUCAUCAUUGCAUCAAGGAAAGUUGGCAUUAACCCAGAUAAUGUGGCUACACCCAUCGCUGCCAGCUUGGGAGAUUUGAUCACGCUGUCCCUCCUCGCUGGGAUCUCCACUGGAUUGUACAAAGAAUUAGAGUACAAUGACUACGCCAAUCCUCUGGUGUGUGCGGUGUUUGUGGCCAUGUGCCCGCUGUGGGUUUUCAUUGCCAGGAAGAUCCCCUCCACCAGAGAAGUGCUCUACUCUGGCUGGGAGCCAGUCAUCAUCGCCAUGGCGAUCAGCAGUGUUGGGGGUUUGAUACUUGAUAAAACCGUUACCAAUCCAAACUUUGCUGGUAUGGCGGUCUUCACACCAGUCAUCAAUGGUGUGGGAGGUAACCUUGUAGCGGUCCAGGCUAGUCGGAUCUCCACAUACCUCCACAUGAAUGCUUUACCCAUGGGGGACCCAACCCCUGCCCCCAGGAAGUGCCCUACACCAUGUACUACUUUCUUUGGCUCCACUGUGAACUCCCGCUCGGCUCGAGUGCUCUUCCUGCUGGUUGCUCCAGGACACCUGGUCUUCCUGUACACCAUCAACUCACUGAGAGGUGGUCACACCACUCUCACACCUAUCUUCAUCUCCUUUUAUUUGGCUGCUGCCCUGCUGCAGGUCAUCAUCCUACUCUACCUGGCUGACUGGAUGGUCCACUGGAUGUGGGGGCGUGGGAUGGACCCUGAUAACUUCUCUAUCCCGUACCUCACAGCCCUGGGGGACCUGCUUGGGACAGGUUUUUUGGCCCUUUGCUUCCACAUGCGCUUCUUCUUAGGAGACAAGGACAGCAAUGUGGGCAACUAAAGGCACAUAUAUGCACAAAUAAUACAAUUAAAGCUGGGCUUACACGAGAAGCUACAGUGCCGAUGUUUUGAUUGGACCUCCUCAGAAAAGGGCUAUUCUUCAGCAGGUCUCUGGUGGAAGUGUACUUGUGUGAUGCUUCCUUUGAGGAUCUCAAAGAUAUCAGGGCAUUUGACUGCAUCCUUCCCAGCAGAAGGCUCUCUGGGUCCAGCCCACAGACUACUUAUAUUUGUUUGUGGCCUUUUAAUUGUACAAAUGUAUGGUGUUGAUUUUGUUUUGGGCAAGUCUUCAUUAUUUUUCAAUGGGGACAGUAGCCUAACUCUUUGAAUAAUAACGUAUAGACAGGGAACGCUUAAUCACCAAGUGCUAUAUUUCUCAGUAGAAGCCUAAGAUGCAAGAGCUGACAGCAGAACACUCACAGCUCUCAGGUUGAGUUGAUUACAGCUAUGUACCAGGAGACAAGGCACACACCAGAGCUUAAAUAAUUGUCUAAUGGGAUUUGGAAAACAAAUAAGAGUGAUUUUUGUGUUAUAAUCAUUGGCGGAAAAUGUGGCAAUAUCUUAAUGUGAAGACUAGAAAAAAAACCUAACCUAAUUCUGCCAUGGUUGUUACUGUAAUACCAAAUUGUCCUUUUGUUUCUUAACAUGAUUACAAAAUACCCAAAACAAUAGUUUUCUGUCUUUGUUUAAAGUGUAAAUAAACAAGCAGACAUGUGGAUAGUAGCAUGUGUUACAUGUAGGGCACUGGUUGGGAACAUAGUGUACUCUGUAAGCACAUGUUAUUCAGUGUUUGUGAAUGUUGAGAGGGCACAGUACUCCACACUGUCACGGGCUGUCCCACCUGAGGACAGCUGUUGUCCCCGGUUACCACCAGGGCAUGUUUUCACAAGCACAGCCUAUGGAUGUGCAGUGAAACUUCCCUGACAAACUGCUGUCAGAGCCAACAUAAUUUCUAUGCAAUUUUCUGGUGUGCCUGACAUUGACGGUUCAUUUUCCAGAUUGGUCAGUGUGGCUUCACAAAGUGUUUAGUCUGAGUAAUUAAAGCUUUCUGCCACCAGACUGUGUGAGUAAGUGUGAGACAAAAACAUACAGCGACAGUGAGCGAAUGUUACAGCCAUUGAACAGACUGUACCAAGUACAGGUGUUGGCCCAAAGGCAAAGUCUUAGCAGACCUCUGCAUGUGAUGCAUGGUUAUAAAUACUUCACUGUGCUGUUUCAAGGGGCCAGCCAAAUGCAUGUGCAGGGCACAUAGUGUGAAUGUGCAAAACUUGAAAAUGUUCCUGAAAUCACAAAAUGUAAACAAAAAAAUUAAGUCAUAAUUUUCUAUUCCUUUCCUUAUUUUUGUUUUUAUUUUAUUUUAUUUUUUUGUCUAAUCUUUCUAAUUGUGUUAAAAUAUUUUGUGGAAAAAACACUGUUCAGACUCAGACUUACAAGAUACAGAAUGUACUGUACUAUUUCAUUUGGACACUAGAGGACGCUGCUGUGACACCAGUCCUCUCCUGUGUGGAGCCACACUCUGUUUCAGUCCUCAAAGACAUUAUAAAUACAGGUGUUAUAUACAAAUCUCCACAUGGACUCUGUUUGAACUGGGCUCAUGUGCACUUCACUCAGUAUCUGUUCACUAACUGACCGGUGCCAGCAGUACGCCUCUGUACAUGCAUAGUUGUUAAUACUUCAAUAAGAGGCAAGUCAUGCAUCGUCUAUUUAUUUUUGAAAAGCACACAAAGCAAUUUGUAAAUACUAUAUAUUUAUUCUAUAUAUGAUGUUGUUUAUUUUGACUUUUCCUUUGUCACAAUUUGAUUCUGUUCACAUAUCUUUUAUAGCUAAAAUGUUUGAUAAAGGCCAGUUGUGCUUUGGAGGUUGCUGUAAUAGAUUAGCAGAAAGGCUAAUGACUAGCACAGUGCCUAAUCUUGACACAUGCACACUGUUCAAAACAAUGGCCUUAACCUGUCAGAGUGGAGCAUGGGCCUGGAGCAGGGCUCACCACAGCGUAGCAUAGCACUGAUUACUAAUAGGUGUACAGUGGUUUGAUUUUCAUGUUAUAUUGAAUGUUUAAUGACAAGAUCAAACAGCAGUAAGAAAAGGGUUUGAUUCAAAAUGACUUGGACCAGAAAACAUGAGGCUAUAGUCUUGGUGAAGUUUUACAAAGUAAUAUUCUUUACCAGUACACCACUUCUGCCUUGUUGACCCCAGAGCUUGAGCCCCUGCCCCUAAGCUGAAACUGUCGAGACUGCUGCUGCUCAUACUGAUGUCAAAUGACCAUGUGGCCUCUUGUUGCAACUACAAAGGAUCUUUC